AUGGGGGAACGAUGCUUACCACUGCUAUCGAUGGAAUUCUUCCAGCAGCUUGCCGAAGUCGAAAGAGGAGGGGACUGCCUUGCGAUUCCACCGCAUAAAUUGCUCCACACUUUGCCAAGUGACUCUGCUAAGCUUGGUUUGGACGGAUUGAAGAGCGAAUUGAAGAAAUUUGAGGGAUUUUAA